GCUCUGCGUUUCCGUAGCCAGCCUGCUACCCGCUGAGCCCUGGCUGCUGCUGGGGUGAAACAGCUCACGGAAACGACUGAUCCCGAUCGACUAACACCAGCGCGGACCACAUAAAUGGCGGAUUAACACCUGUAUCGGAGAGGACUCGCUGAAUCCAUGAUCGUGACUCGGGUGCUUUCGGGGAGUGCGCUGGCAACACCCACCGUAACAUGCGAGAUGUACACAGAAAGAUAUUAACUGUGCGUUAUUUCGGCUAACUAGCUAGCAGCUACCCCUCCUCCCUCCCCUCUCUAUCCAAUUUAUGGUAGCUGCCUCGAUCUGUUCUCUUCACCGUCGCGUCCGUAGCGGAGUAAAAUGAAGAAGUUUAACAUUAGGAAGGUGCUGGACGGCUUGACAGCGGCAUCUUCGUCCUCCUCAUCCUCCUCCGCCGCUGCUCAGCCGGGUACUCCCAGGGAAAACGACGCUGUUCAGGAGACUCUCCAGUCGGAGCAUUUCCAGCUUUGCAAGACUGUGCGUCAUGGCUUUCCAUAUCAACCGUCCUCGAUGGCUUUUGACCCCGUGCAGAAAAUCCUGGCCGUCGGGACCCAGACUGGAGCUUUGAGGCUCUUUGGCCGUGCCGGCGUGGAGUGCUACUGUCAGCAUGAGAGCGGUGCUGCUGUCAUCCAGCUGCAGUUCCUGAUCAACGAGGGGGCGCUGGUGAGUGCCUUAGCUGAUGACAGCAUCCACCUGUGGAACCUGAGGCAAAAGAUCCCAGCCAUCUUGCAUUCUCUCAAGUUUAACAGGGAAAGAAUCACAUACUGCCACCUGCCCUUCCAGAGCAAAUGGCUUUACAUCGGUACGGAAAGAGGAAACAUCCAUAUCGUCAACGUGGAGUCCUUCACUCUCUCAGGCUACGUCAUCAUGUGGAACAAAGCCAUCGAACUGUCCACCAAGACACACCCAGGGCCUGUCGUACACAUCAGUGAUAACCCCAUGGACGAAGGAAAGCUUCUGAUUGGAUUUGAGUGCGGCGUGGUGGUGCUGUGGGACUUGAAGUCCAAAAAAGCUGACUACCGCUAUACUUACGAUGAGGCAAUCCACUCAGUCGCCUGGCACCACGAGGGUAAACAGUUUGUUUGCAGCCACUCAGACGGCACUCUGACCACAUGGAAUAUACGAGCCCCAGCCAAGCCUGGACAGAUCAUCACACCACAUGGUAAGCAGCCCAAGGAUGGAAAAAAGCCAGAACCAUGUAAACCGAUCCUUAAGGUGGAGUACAAAACCACGAGGGCUGGGGACCCAUUCAUGGUUCUGUCUGGAGGUCUGUCCUACGACACAGUGGGGAGGAGAGCAUGUCUGACUGUGAUGCACGGAAAGAGCACUGCCGUCCUGGAGAUGGACUACCCCAUAGUGGACUUCCUGACGUUGUGUGAAACUCCAUACCCAAACGACUUUCAGGAGCCUUACGCCGUUGUUGUCCUGCUCGAGAAGGAUUUAGUUGUAAUAGACCUUGGACAGAUUGGAUACCCGAUAUUUGAGAAUCCAUAUCCUCUGACUGUCCACGAGUCACCAGUGACCUGCUGCGAGUACUUUGCCGACUGUCCUGCUGAACUUAUUCCUGCACUUUACUCCGUCGGCAGCCGACAAAAGAGGCAAGGGUACAGCAAGAAGGAAUGGCCGAUUAGCGGAGGAAACUGGGGCCAAGGCACACAGAGUUACCCGGAGAUCAUCAUCACAGGGCAUGCCGAUGGGUCAAUUAAGUUUUGGGAUGCCUCUGCAUUGAUGCUGCAAGUGCUGUACAAGCUGAAGACUGCCAAGGUGUUUGAGCGGGCUCGUGGUAAAGAGGAGAAGUCGGGCGCAGAUAUCGUCGAAGAGGAUCCGUUCGCCAUCCAGACCUUGUCGUGGUGCCCCGAGAGCCGGAUGCUCUGUGUGGCCGGAGUGUCUGCCCACGUCAUCGUGUACAGAUUCAGCAAGCAAGAAGUCACCAGUGAAGUUGUCCAGCUCCUGGAGGUGCGGAUGCAGUGUGACUUUGGCGACGUGGACUCUCCCGAUCCAGGUGGGGAACAGACUCCCACCUUACCGGUGCCAGGCGCUUCCUCCAGCCCUCAGGAGGUUGAACCUCCCACUCUGCUCUCCACAGGCAGCAACUCCUCUGAUGGACCCCGGGACAAUAUACCCUGCCUGCAGGUGCGGAGCUCCCCGCUGAAGCAGUCUCCAGGCUACCAGGUGGAGCUGGUGAUCCAGCUGGUGUGGGUGAGCGGGGAGCCGCCGCAGCAAAUCACCAGCCUGGCUAUCAACUCCUCCUAUGGCCUUGUGGUGUUUGGAAACAGUAACGGUCUGGCUGUGGUGGACUACCUCCAGAAAACGCUGCUCCUCAACAUGGGCACAUUAGAGCUGUACAGCCCGUCGGAGCCUUACCAGAGGCAGCCGUGCUCCCCACGCAAAACACGACAGCCCUCUGGAGCACUUUGCGAUUCCGUUGAUGGAUCGAACGCCUCGGAGGAUCGCUGCAAAUCACCUACGUCAGGAUCUACCUCUCCAUGCAAUUCAGAUGAAGAGCGAAAGCAGAAGUUCAUUGAGAAGGUGAAGUUGAAAGGCAGACGCUUUUCCAAGACGGUUGCCAGUGACUUUGCCAAGAUGUCACGGAAAAUUAGCACGUCAAAUGAGCAAAAGCCAGACCUGGAGGACAAGGUCCAGCCCUCCCGCUCUCCCUCGUGUAGGAAGAGCAUUAAUUGUAUGAACAGAGGCAAGGCGGCGUCCAGGAUGAGCCAGAGGGCACCGUUAUGUAGAGCCGAGUCGGCCCCCGACGUCUAUGCCAAGGACGUCUCGUUCACCCGCUCACGCAGCUCGAGCGUCACCAGCAUAGAGAGAGAGUCUCGAGAGGUCAUCUCCUCCUUUCACUUCUGCGAGAGUUUCCCCAGGAAGACGGACACCAUGGUCAGCCCGUGUCUGCUGGUGGGAACCACCCAGGGCUCGGUGAUGAUGGUUGCCGUCAGCCUGCCGCCCGGUGGGGACCAGAGGAUGCAGCAGCCAGUCGGCGUCUCCUCCUGCGGCACUCUCGUCAGACUCAAGGGAGGCAUUUUGACGAUGGCCCUGCUGGACUCCACUGCAACUCUGCUGCCCCCCUCCUAUGAGCCGUGGUAUGACACGAACGCCUCGGAUGAAGAGAAGGAGAGGAGCAGGAAGCGCAGACCGGCAUCCCCUCCCUCGUCGCAUGAGGGUCACGACCCCCAGUUCGCCGUGCUUUGUUCGGACAAACAGGCCAAAGUGGUGGCGAUGCCGUCUCAGACCCGCAUCUACAAACACAACAUCACAGAGACCUCAUUUGUGCUAAGGGCUGAUGUCGUGCAGAUGGCUGGAGCGAACUGCAUUGCCUGUUUCUGUGCUAACGGGCACAUCAUGACUCUGAGUUUACCAAGUCUGCGGCCUCUGCUGGACGUGAACUACCUGCCACUGACAGACAUGCGGAUAGCCCGGACGUUCUGCUUCUCGAACCUCGGCCAAGCUCUGUAUCUCACCUCUCCCACCGAGGUCCAGAGGAUCACCUACAGCCAGGAAACCUGCGACAACCUGCAGGAAAUGCUCAGCGAGUUAUUUACCCCUGUGGAGACACCAGAGGCUCCUAACAGAGGGUUUUUCAAAGGCCUUUUUGGGGGAGGAGCUCAGUCUCUGGACAGGGAGGAUCUCUUUGGUGAGACAGCAGCUGGUAAGGCCUCCCGUAGCCUGGCUCAGCACAUCCCUGGCCCGGGCGGCAUGGAGGGCAUGAAAGGCGCAGCAUCAGGGGUUGUGGGAGAUCUGGCCCGCGCCCGGAUAGCUCUGGACGAGAGGGGGCAGAAACUGGGCGAGCUGGAGGAGAGGACGGCAGGCAUGAUGGCCAGCGCCGAAUCCUUCUCGAAACACGCCCAUGAUAUGAUGCUGAAGUACAAAGAUAAGAAGUGGUACCAGCUCUGAUGGCAGUGUGUGGAGCUUCGGACUCUGUAAUGACACAAACACACACACACACACACACUCGCACACGCAAACGCGCACGCACGCACACACACACACACACACACACAAACACCAGUGUCUCUGAGGAGCUGCAGGUCCCUCUUCCUCUCUUCUCCACUCCUGUCCACAGGCGGGUGGGUUCUGCUCUCAACAGAUUCAUGCUUUUAUUCUCGGCACGGCAUCAUACACUCUGCAUUACCUCAGUCACCAGAGGGAAAAACUGCUGAGGAGUAAGCGCUGUCGACCGCCACCGGCUGAUGAUCAUGUGAUGUGAACCCGCGAAACAGAAGAGAGAGAGAGUGAGAGCAAGGAUCUUUCAUAUCCAUCAGUCAUGCACUCGUAUAUAUCUCACACAUGUGUAUAUAUACAUAUACGUGUAUAUGUAUAUAUAUAUAUGUAUCUACACACUCUUUUGUUCCAAGAGUGGAAAGACAAUUCUGCAAAACAUGUAAAAACUUGUGGUGGCCUCUUUUUUUUUUUAUUUCCUUUCAUUGCCCUUUACGGUGUCUGCCAAAAAUAGCGGACUGAAGUGAGGAAAAAAGUCUGAUGACCCCUGAAUCAAGUGGAUGAAGUCGUACCUUUGUGUAGGAAUGAUUGUAUCAGUGAACGACUUGUGUCUGUUUUUAUUGUCUAAAUUAUUUUUUAGGUUAGCGUUUGACCUCUGUCCCUCUUUUUUGUGUCCACAAAGGGCCUUUCAAGCACUUGGAACUGUAUAACAAAAUAAGAUGAAGGUGAAGAAUCUAUUGCCUCUCACUGAGUUAAGGGCUGGUAGUAAAUGCUAGUUCAUCACCGACCAUUGUUUUUAGAGCAUUUUCCAACCAAGUAGUUUUAGGUGAGAGAGAGAGAGAUAAACCUGAGAGUCACUUUAGAUUUUGUUUGAAAUUCUAUUAUUUAUUGGUCGAAGUAUAAUAGAUAGGAAUUAAAGGAGUUUGUAUGUUGGGCAUUAUAUUGUAUUUUUUUCUCCUUUAUCAAUUAAAUGAGAGGAAAAAGUGCUGAAAGUGUUUACCCCCCGCUCCCCUACCCACGCAGAUGAAGAGUUUACAUCGAUCUAUCAGAGUAAGGAAGAGUCAACACACUGGAAAAAAUUUUUAUUCUUCUAGCUUUCGACGGGGUUGUUGUUGUUUUUGCUUCUAAGAAGGAUGUUUGUGUUAAAGGGCAAGACAAGAAGGAGAUUGUCCUCAGUGUAAUUAGCAUAAAUGUAUAUUUUGGUUACAGUUUUAAUGUUUUGUGAUAAAGAUUUUGUCUAAACAUGAUUAUUAUUAUUAUUAUCCCUUUAUUAAGUCACAGCGGAGGUUGAUCUUGGUCUUGUUUCUCAAUGUGUAAGGGGAGAAAAAAAAAAGAAGCAUGUGUCUCAUACAGCACAAUGGUUAUGGUGUAGUCGUCUUUGUACAAGGUGUCCCACAACACGGUGCCAUUGGUCGUCUUUCUCCUCUGCCUUUGCCUCAUGCCGCGUGUAUCCUAACCUCUACCUGUGCAUAUAUGUGUGUUUGUGCACAUACACAUGUAUGGGCGCUGAUGUUUGUAAUACCGCAUAGAUACAGUUCGUCCCAAUAGGUCUUUUUUUUUUUUUUUGCUUGGCAGUGUUUUUUCAACGUGAUUAACUAGACUUCUAUCGUAAUCCGAUUCUUCUUCUUUCCCCUGUGAGGUGCAAGGGUCUGCUGCUAUUUGUGUCGACAUAGGAGCAUCGUCUGUCUGUCUGUCUGUCUGUCUGUCCUUUGUUUUUGGAAAGAGAGCGAGAGACAAGACCAUCGUUCGUUCUAGAUUGCUGCCAAAUGUUGUACAUACCAGGACAGCUGGACACGAAUCUGACAGUGCAGGCUCGGGCAACGUGACACACCAUGCGCUCACAGCCAUGUUCUUUUUUCCGACACCAAAGAGUUGCUUAAUUUCACAGAGUUGUCUUGAUUAUUUUUUUCCCCUCCCCCCCAAAAAAUAAGAGUGGAUCUGGACUCCUCCUUGGACAGCGAUACUGAGUCAACUGUGUGUAGGGGAGGAAAUAGAUUAGACUUAAGCUUCUUCCUCCUACGGGCGUCAUUCUUGUCCCAGACUGCUGUACCUGUGCUCACGAAACGGGUAAAGACGUGAAUCUGAAGAGUUCAUUCCAAAAUGAGAUAUCCACCAAAGAGAAUAAUCUAACACAGACUCGAGAUAUUGUGAGGAAAAGGAUUCAGAUUUAAGAUUAUAGAGCGUUCGUAGGACAUGAUGAGUUAUCAGUGAACACCUGAAGUGUUUUGGAUAUUCAGCAUUUUGGAAUAAAACCCUUCUCUUUUAGCUGGCUGGUUUUUAAUCUGCUCUACUGUUCUACUACUGAGAUAAACCCAUUCAAGAGAGCAGGCAAUGUGGGUUUUUGCACUAUUUUUUGUACUUAGCGAUAAUUCUGUUCCAUAUGAUUUUUAACGUCCUUAUUAUUAUUAUUCCUUUCCCGUCCUAUUUUUCUUCUUUUUUUUUUGAAAGGACCAAACAUGACAGAACCUAUGCUUUAUCCGUGUCAUUUUGCCAAUUAUGCUGAUCGCGUCGCUCUCAGAUUUGUUUUCGAUGUAAGAUAAAUUUAUAUAUUUUAAAAACAAAUAUAUAUAUAUAUAUAUAAUAUAUCAUUUGAAUUUCAAGAAUUGUUAAAAAAAAACAUUUUUUUUGGGAUAGAAUAAGACACUUGUGCAUAAUAUUAUCCAUCAUCCUGACAUGACGGUAAAACAUCUCUGGUUAUAUAUUGAACUCACUCAUCUCAGCAUCUCAGAUUCAAGCUUUGCUCCUGCAGGAGCGUCGUCUCGGCCUAAACUUUAAAGUGCUUCAGUUUGCAACAUAUAUGUCCUAAAUGGUCUCUUAUUGCACAUUGAAGGAUGCAUGAUAUUAAGUGUUUACAAACUUGAAACAACCAUGUAUUAUCCCUCUUAGAGAUUGUCUAUCCUGUCAUUUGUAUUUACCACCACCACCACCACGUUGAACAAAGCUGAAGUUCUCGCCACACAUUCAAGAGCGUGUCCACGAGUCUUUGUUUUCGAUCAUGCCAGUUGUAUUUGUGUGAGAGAUUAUAUUUAUUUUAUUUUAUUUUAUCGGUACACCUGUUCAUGUCACUGUUCUGCUGUUCUCACGGAGACUCUUUCGCUUUCCCUGCGCUGUAAAAAAAAAUGAACCGCGUUGAAAUCGACAGAGCUCGAGGGGGUUUUCCUCAUUCGCCAUAAUACUUCCAUCCAUAUCUGUCUUCUGGGAUGAAUAUCUGUGGAGUUGCAGUAUUUUCUCAUAGUAGGCAAUUUUUGUACAGUUUUAUUAAAAACCAAUUUCACAUG